AUGGCACUGCAGCCAUUUCGCAAUGAACAGUUGAAUUAUUUCAAAUUCGCUUCCAUUGCUCUCAAUGAAUUCCCCAAGGCUUUACGUCAGACGUUUAAAUCUAUGUGGGACAACAACUUGAGACAUCGUCCCGGUCAUCAACCGUGGGAUGAUUCCGUUGCAGUGAGAAAUUUGUUUUUGACUUUUGAGGGUGGCCCUGGAAAAACCAAAGUUCCCACAAACCUCUCCUAUGAAGAAUGGGAUUGUACCAACCUGUUCCAGGCCACCAUCUACGCCAAUUCCUUUUCUAUGCCCGACAGUAGAGGUCAUCUCAAGACACUUGGUGAGCUACAUGUAAAACCUCGUAAACUGGCUCCUGGAGUAUUUCAUACGUCCGUGGUGAGCCCAGGAGGGGACAAUGCUGAAACUUUCGCCCUCGCCAUUGAUCAAUUGCGACUUCUACGAAAUGCACUUUGCCACUCGCACAGUUCUGAAAUUGAGAAAACUAAAUUUGAUCAUUACGUGCAGCUCGCUAAAGAUGCAUUUAAAGCCCUUGGUAUCAAGACUGACCAUAUUAAUGUUAUUGGUGGUUUAACAGAGUCAGAAUUUCCCACAGAUGAGGUUCGCAAAUUGGAGGAACGUCUAAAAGAAGAAUAUCGAGCUUGUGUAAGUUUUCUACAACAACAGAAUCAGCAACAGCAGCAAAACCUGGAAGGAAUGGCUUUAGUUAUCGAGGGAAUGGAUUCAGCUAUAAGAGAAAUAAAGAUUAGAGUGGAAAUUAUUCCAACAAAAGACGAUGUCGCUCAGAUAAUGGAGCAAAAGAUGAAAGAUUUGAAACUAUCGCCAACUCAGGAAAGGCCAGGUAAUAUUGAUAAUAAUAAUUACAAUACAAUUCAUUAAUAUUUCUAAAAUAGUAAUAAUGGUAAUGACAAUGACAAUGAUGAUUAUGAUUGAAGGAUAGAAAGUAGGGACAAUUUCCCGCACCUUUUAAGAAGUCCAAAUUGUAUUUAGUUCAGUUUUACUUUAUAUUCUAAGAUGGUCAUGAGAGUUUCACCUGGACUUUCACAUAUGGAAAAACAAAUGAAAGCAAAGGACGUAAAAUGCUAUUAUUUAUGCCCCAAAAAACUUUUCUCGUAGUUGUGAUGAUGUUUUGGGAUGUGAGAAUGCAUUUGAGAAAGAAAUCUGCAACUGUGUUAAGGAAAGCCUUAGGCGGGUUCUGAACCUCCAAAAACGAGCAGCUAGAGUGAUCCUGAAUGCCCCCCCUCUAGCACCAUCAGUUCCCUUGUUUAAUUGGCGGAAAUGGUUGCUUACACCGACGCUUUAAUAUCUAAAUGUAUUAUUGCUUAUAAGCGAUAACAAGGUGACUUCCCUGUUUAUCUUAACAAUCUACUUAAGUUAAACAGUAACAUCCUUAGUAGACAAACCAGAUACUGUAAUUUUAACUUAACCUCUCCGAGGUAUAAUCGCGAAACAGAAGGAGGCAGAACUUUCACCGUCACAACUUGCUAAGCAUGGAACAGUUUAUCUUUGCCCCAGUAAGGCAAAGGGAUUCAGUGGAUUCUAUAAAAAAAGCAUUGUGGAAUGAACUUUUAAAACAACAGCAGAAUCUUGGUCAUCGUUCUAUUUAAGUUACUUGAUGAACUGUGACAUGAUUAUAAUGUUAUAUUUUAUAUUUUAAAUAGUUUAGUAGAUUCCAUAGUAUCUGUAUUCUUUGGUUUUUUUACCUUGUAUUUUUUAUAGCUUAGUACUAUUUAGUAUUUAUUAGUAUUAUAUUAUUAUUAUUUAUUAUUAUUAUUAGUAUUAUUUAUUAGUAUUAUUUAGUAUUUAUUAUUUCAUAACUUAUUUAUUAUUAUUUAUAUUGUUUAUUAGCUCCGGCUAUUUCGUGCUAACCUUCAUAAAAUAAAUUCUUUACUAACUUCCUUACUGUACUCUUCUGAUUUCCCAGAGGAAUACAUGUCAUCCCUUGAAUCUGAAGAUGCUGCAGCUGUUCGGUAUAUUCAGAGGGAGCUUGAAACCCAACUGCUUAGAGGAGAGGACUCAAGGGCGGCUGACAAUUACUAUUUCCUUGGCAUAAUGAAACAUAAAGCGGGCGAUUUUGUCUCCGCUCUUAAGCAUUCUGAGCGUUCUCUUGAUAUAAGACGAAACCUACUCGGUGAAGAACACCCAGAUACUGCCAACAGUUACUUUUCCAUCGGAGCCACUCAACUUGCCUUAGAAAAACUUCCCUCAGCUCUUCAGUCUGCACAACGUGCACUGGAGAUAAGGCAAAAGCUGUUUGGAGAAGAACACCCAAGCACAGCAGACAGUCAUUACGAAAUAGGGGCCGUUCAACUUUCAUUAAACAACUACUCUUCUGCUCUCCAGUCUGCAAAACGUUCGUUAGAGAUAAGACAAAAGCUGUUUGGAGAAGAACACCCAGGCACAGCAGACAGUCACUACGAAGUUGGGGCCGUUCAACUUUCAUUAAACAACUACUCUUCCGCUCUCCAAUCUGCGCAACGUGCGCUAGAGAUAAGACAAAAGCUGUUUGGAGAAGAACACCUAAGCACAGUAUAUAGUCACUUAGCAGUAGGGGUCGUUCAACUCUCGUUAGGAAACUACCCUUCAGCUCUUCAGUCCGCAGAACAUGCAUUGGAGAUAAGCCAAAAGCUGUUUGGAGAGGAACACCAAAGAACCGCAGACAGUUACCUUUUGGUAGGGGCCACUCAACUGAAGUUACAUGACUUUUCCUCUGCCCUUCACUCAGCACAACGAGCAAUAGAAAUUAAAAAAAGGUUUUUCGGGGAAGAACACACAACGAUAGCUGACAGUUACCUUUUAUUGGGACUUAUACAACAUGAGCUAGGCGACUCUGCCGCAGCUCUUCAGUCUACAAACAAGGCACUUGACAUGGCAAGAAAAAUUCAAGGAGAAGAACAACCCAGAAUUGCCGACAUUUACCAUUCGAUUGGCGUCUUACAGUACGAGUUAAAGGAAGUUUCCUCCUCUCUUCAGUCGCAUCAGUGUGAGCUUGACGUAAGAAGAAAGUUACCUGGAGAAAAACAGUCCAGAAUUGCCGACAUUUACCAUUCGAUUGGCGUCUUACAGCGCGAGUUAGGGGACCCUUCUUCCUCUCUUCAGUCGCAUCAGUGUGAGCUUGACAUAAGACAGAAGUUCCCAGGAGAAGAACAGUCCAGAAUUGCUGACAUUUACCAUUCGAUUGGCGUCUUACAGUACGAGUUAAAGGAAGUUUCCUCCUCUCUUUGGUCGCAUCAGUGUGAGCUUGACAUAAGACAGAAGUUCCCAGGAGAAGAACAGUCCAGAAUUGCCGACAUUUACCAUUCGAUUGGCGUCUUACAGCACGAGUUAGGGGACAUUCCCUCAUGUCUUCAGUCGCAUCAGUGUGAGCUUGACAUAAGACGAAGGUUACAUGGGGACGAAUGCUCAGAGGUUGCCGACAUUUAUCAUUCGAUUGGCGUCUUACAGCACGAGUUAAAGGACAUUCCCUCAUGUCUUCAGUCGCAUCAGUGUGAGCUUGAAAUAAGACGAAAGUUACCCGGAGAAGAACAGUCCAGAAUUGCCGACAUUUACCAUUCGAUUGGCGUCUUACAGCACGAGUUAAAGGACAUUCCCUCAUGUCUUCAGUCGCAUCAGUGUGAGCUUGAAAUAAGACGAAAGUUACCCGGAGAAAAACAGUCCAGAAUUGCCGACAUUUACCAUUCGAUUGGCGUCUUACAGCACGAGUUGAAGGACAUUCCCUCAUGUCUUCAGUCGCAUCAGCGUGAGCUUGAUAUAAGACGAAAGUUACAUGGGGACGAAUGUUUGGAAAUUGCCGACAUUUACCAUUCGAUUGGCGUCUUACAGCGUGAGUUAGGGGACCUUUCUUCCUCUCUUCAGUCGCAUCAGUGUGAGCUUGACAUAAGACAGAAGUUCCCAGGAGAAGAACAGUCCAGAAUUGCCGACAUUAACCAUUCGAUUGGCGUCUUACAGCACGAGUUAAAGGACAUUCCCUCGUGUCUUCAGUCUCAUCAGCGUGAGCUUGAAAUAAGACUGAAGUUACCCGGAGAAGAACAGUCCAGAAUUGCCGACAUUUACCAUUCGAUUGGCGUCUUACAGCACGAGUUAAAGGACUUUCCCUCGUGUCUUCAGUCUCAUCAGCGUGAGCUUGACAUAAGACGAAAGCUACCUGGAGAAGAACAGUCCAAAAUUGCUGACAUUUACAACUUGAUUGGCGUUUUACAACACAAAUUAGGGGACUUUACCUCCGCCCUCGAUUCUUUUCAGUUUGCACUCAAUAUUAGACGCAAGCAAUUUGGAGAGGAACACUCCGCCACAGCUCAAAGUUAUUUUUCCGUCGGGGACAUUCAAAUCGUGUUAGGCGACUUCCACUCAUCCCUAUCAUCCAAGGAAAAAGCACUUGAGAUUAGACGCAACUUAUUUGGAGAAGAUGACGCAGUAACUGCUGAUAGUUACAUUUCGGUCGGAGUCAUACAUCUUAGGCUUCGGAACUAUAGCUUGGCAAUUCAUUCUCUACAACGUGGUCUUGAAAUAAGGCUGAAAGUGUGUGGGGAAGUACACUUAGAUACAGCUGAAAGUUACUUUUUACUCGGAAAAACACAAAACGAGUCAGGUGACUUUGACCCAGCUCUUAAGUCUGUACAUAGUGCGCUUCAUAUCCAUAGAAAACUGCUCGGGGAGGACGACCGAAUUACUGCUUCAAGCUACCACUUACUCGGGGUCAUUCAAUGUAAGGCGGGUGACUUCAAGUCUGCAAUUCAAUCAUUACAGCGUGAGCUUAGCAUCAUGCGUGAACUCAUCGGAGAAGAUAAUUCAAGCGUUGCUGACAUAUACCGCUUAAUUGGCAUCAUACAGGACAAGUUGGGUGACUUUCCGGCUUCCCUUCAGUCGUAUCAACGCGAGCUUGACAUACGAAGAAAAUUACUUGAAGAAAAAGAAGAAGACCCAAGCAUUGCGGACAGUUACACAGCAAUCGGUUUGGCACAACAUGAGUUAGGUGACUUUACUUCGGCUCAUCAGUCUGCUCAUCGGGCGCUGGAAAUCAGAAAAAUACUUUUCGGGGAUGAACACUCAGACACUGCCGACAGUUACCAAUUUCUCGCCGUCGUGAAAGGUGCAUUAGGCGACUCUGACUCAGCUCGUCGGCUGGAACAGUGUGCCAAUGAUAUAAGGAAAAGGCUAUCCUCGAUUUAAUGAAUCAUUAACUCACAUAUGACAGCUACAAUUCAUUCCUGGCUGCCAAAUGUAAAACUUGUGUGAACCAUAUGCCCUUAAAAUCAGAUUGGAACACUGAAAAAUAGUCUUUUAUCAGCAUCUGUACAGGAUGCCAUGCGACAGUUGACUUUCGCUCAUUUCUUGAAUCUCCGCAGUGUGAUGCAGAGUCGCUAAAACCAUAAAGAAAAGCACUCGUCGAGGAAUGCUUUGGAGAACAAUCAUAAGCCUUUGAAUAGAGCUUGUGGACCACUUAAGACUGGUUUAUCAAAAAUACUCAGGUGUAUUCAAAACCAUUGUCAUCCAAAAUGCUCUGGAAGUAAAAUCAUAAAGAAAAGAACCUCAGAGUAAGUACCUUCACAUUACAAACUCUGUACACAAUGCGCUACACUCAAUCGCAGUCUUCUGAGUUUGGUGAUUCGCGUGCUCACAGCUAGAAAAUUUUUUUUUAGUCAUUUUUAACAAUUUUUACCAGAUAUUUCGGAAAAUAGUGCUGAAAAUGAGUUUAAAUAGGAAACCAGUACUUUCUGAAAUUACAAUAAUCUAAGUUUUGUAACUUUGAGUUUAGAAAGAUGAGGUGUAAAUAGUUUAAGAUAAGCCCCACACAAGUAUACACAAGAGUAACGAAUUUCGCAGGCGAGGAAAUUAAGUGGGAGCGCAGAUUUAUGCAUUAACACUGAUUUCUUUGGAGCUUCCGGGUUAAAUAUAAUACAUAGAGAGCUCUUUUUCAAGAGUUAAAGGGAUUCACUCGCGUUUGAAUUAUUCGCCGAGCGCAAGUAAAAUGUUUUCAAGGGAUCACACCCUUAAUGACAAAGUCGUCUCAUAAUUUUCUAAUUUUGACGAAGUCGUCUCAUAAUUUUUCAAUUUUGACGACUUCUCACAGCUUUCUGUUGCUCUAAAGUAUUUAUUGCCGUUACUUAACUAUUCCUGUAUACAAGAUCGCUUUUCGGCUGACUGUCGUCAAAAUAAAACAAGAUUAAUUUCUAAAAGUAAACGAGAUCACACCCUUAAUGACAAAGUCGUCUCAUAAUUUUCUAAUUUUGACGAAGUCGUCUCAUAAUUUUUCAAUUUUGACGACUUCUCACAGCUUUCUGUUGCUCUAAAGUAUUUAUUGCCGUUACUUAACUAUUCCUGUAUACAAGAUCGCUUUUCGGCUGACUGUCGUCAAAAUAAAACAAGAUUUAUUUCUAAAAGUAAACGACAUCUACAGUAACUGUUUCGAAAAGAGCCAACAAUAACUCAAAGUGAACGGUACGAGAGAGGAAUCGAGUGAGAUAGGAACCAACUUAGCAUUAGCUUUUGUUUUGUAUGUCUUCAAAAAGCGAAACCAACGGUAAACCCAUGCUAUUGCCUAUGCUCGAGCAAGUGAGGUUAGCUAGUAGUUUAUAAUAUGACACUAGUUCGGGACAAACUUAUUUAUUUUGAAUUUGAAUAAAUAAUAAUUGAAUUUAUCUCUGUCAAACAAGGUUUGAAAAAGAUUGAAUUUUGUUUUGUGAUCGUUGUUGUCAAAUCGUACACAUUAAUCUUAAUCUUAAUCUUUAAUCACAGUUCGUAACCAUACAUCGAACAAAAGUACAAAAAUGGUUGACAGGACAGGUUGACAUUAAAAGUAAAAAAUUGUGUACUCAUAAACUACUCAUUCAAAGAGGUUCCCUUGGAAUUCAGAUCCUCCCGAAUCUUCUUACUAAGUUCAGUUUCUGUCAUCACUUCCGCUCGCCGUUCAAAAAGGCUUGAUGGAAAUAUUCACGCAAUUUUCACUCAUCGUUAACUCACCACACACCUGAUUGACUUAAUGUGGCGAGAAACAUCCGUGGAUUACAGAGCGAUGUUCACCGCGAAAAGCGAAUUUCCGAUAGGGUGUAUUUUCUAUAUCAAUACUACUUUAUGGAUGUUUGAAAAGUAAUAGGAGAGAUGUCAUUAACGAUUUACAAAAAUUCUUUCGUUUCUGGAACGGAGUGAAUUUUUCUAGCUCCGUUGACGAAAUGGUGCAUUUUGUCUCAGGACACGUCUGAGAAAAAGAAGUCAAACCAUGUAGAAACGGCACUGAUUGAAAAACAUAAAUUAGACCACUCAAAAGAUUUUUCCCACCCUAUAACCAGUGGGAGAAGAAAUUGUUUUCGUCUGCGCUUUAUUCGAGAUGUUACGAAAAGCGGGAAUGGGAAAUGAGGAAUGAGUGUUGUGAAAAGUUUCCACGCAAAUAUUGAUUUUCUAGAUUUAUUAUGACUUUAAUUGUGUAUUAAGUGAGUUGUGAUUUCGUUACCGUUAUAGUGCAGAGUUAACUUUACAAUUAGAAGUUAACUGUAAUUGGGAGCGGCAUAGGGUAAUCAAAUUAAUUCUUCGAACAGUGAUGUAUGAAACUAUUUGCAGGGCGUUUAAGUGCGUAGGAACCUAGCAGCUUGAUUGUCAAGUAAAGCCAUGUUUAAUAGGAAAUAAGUGCCCACGAAUCGUUGUAGAACGUGGGUGAAUCUUGAAUCCCAUACGGAAUUACGUAUCUGGGUGUGGAUUUCAUUAGCUAAUAAAUGUAACAUUUUUGUAACCCUAGGAUUAGAUUGUAAUAGGGUAGAUAGAUCGCAGAACGGAACAUGUAAUGCUGAAUUGUCGUAAAUAAAGCCUGAAUCAAGA